AUGGUGUGCUUCCUUAACAAACUCAAAGAGAAUACUUCUGAUUUCGUUAAGCUUGAUAGCGAUGCUCUGGAUCGAGCUCGUCUUCGAUUUCAGUACUCUCUUUUCGGCAAGUUCUUCGGAAAGCCUCCUGCCUUUGAACAAGUCAAGAACAUUCUCCUGAAGAAAUGGGAAAAUAUUGGUGAAAUCCUUAUCUCAGACCUUCCGAAUGGCUUUAUCCUUCUCAGAUGCCCGAAUCAAACUGUGUUGCAGCGUCUUCUCUCCGAGGGUCCUUGGACCAUUAAUGGUAUAAUUCUCCAACUGUCUCCUUGGAGGCAGUUUUUUGAGCCUACUUUCACCAAACUCAUGACGGCUGCGAUAUGGAUCCAACUUCACAAUCUACCCAUUGAAUUCUGGAGUGGCGAUACACUUGAAACCAUCACUGGCCAUUUGGGCAAACUUCUGAAAGUUGAUGAGCUUACCCUGUCCUUAACUAGAACCAAGUAUGCCAGAGUUUGCAUAGAAUUGGAUCUUUCCAAACCUCUAAGCAAGGGCUUCUGGCUUGGAGAUGAUCUCCAUCGGAAGGAGGUAAGGCAGGAGCAUUCUCCCUUGGUUGCUGAAGCCGGAGCAGGUGGUAUCUGUGUCUCUUCUCUCCCGGCUAAUGUUUCUGAGGCUCCGGUGAAUUCUUCGUCUUCCGUGGUUGAUUCGGACUUUGGGCCUUGGUUACUUGUCUCUUGCCGGCGAGGCCCUUCCCGAUCCCGCGGCGGUAGUGCUCGCACCCCCACCGUGGCUGAGGGUUCGGCAGCCGCGACGAGACAGGACGUUCAGUCUUCCCGAGGCGCUUCUGUUCAUUGCUUACGUGGCAGAAUGCGAGGGGGCGCUAGUGGGCGGCGUCAUAAUUCCAAUGCCACUUUGCACGUUCCCCCGAGCAUGGUUGCUUCUGAUCCCCUUGUCAGACCCGACACCGCUCCCUUACCCGUUACUCUAUCACAGGCUUCUGGGGACUCUGAAUCGCACUCUCCCAAUGUCCAUCGGGACUCCCCUCCCCCUCCUGUUAUUUCCCAUACCCACUCGGAGAAAACCCCUCCAAUUACCCAACCCCAAAUUCCCUAUCCCAAGAUAUCUGUGACGUUAGAUCGUAGACAUAGGUCUCCCCCUCCUGUUCUCUUGUCUUCCAUUACUGAAAGCUCUAUUCUCAACGGUGCAAACCCUAUCCCGAGCACUCCAUGA